AUGACAGCCUCCCAUGGCGAUGUUGUCUCGGCCUUCGCCCCUAAUCUCUUCGACUCUACCACCGUCUCCCAGUUUAACGCCGAAUACGAAGCCUCUGCGCCCUACAAACACGCCGUCAUCCCCUCCCUCAUCGACGACUCUCUCCUCAAAGCCGCCCGUCAAGAGAUCAUCGACGAGCUUCGUUUCGCCGAAAAGGAAACCGACAUUUACAAAGUCAAUCAGACAGGUGAUCUUGCUAACCUUGAUGGUCUUCCUGCUGAAGAAGCCGGUCGUCUUCAUAACCUCCUCCGCGUUCGCAAUGCUAUCUAUUCACACGAGUUCAGGUCGUGGCUGCAGGGCGUAACAGGCUGUGGACCAUUGAGCGCAGAGAAGAAGGAUAUGAGCAUCAACGACUACCGCCAAGGAUGCCACUUGCUCAACCACGACGAUGUCAUCUCGACUCGUAGGGUCUCGUACAUUCUCUACUUGCCGGAUCCUGAACAGCCAUGGCAGGCUGAAUGGGGUGGUGCGUUGGAACUGUACCCCGUCAAAACCAAAGGAACGCCAGAUGACGUACCCAGCAAGGUCAUCCCACCCAAGUGGAACCAGUUCACAUUCUUCACCGUCCAGCCUGGCCACUCAUUCCACUCGGUCGAGGAAGUCGUCCAUCCUUCUCAGUCGCGUCUCAGCAUUUCGGGCUGGUUCCACCGUCCACAGGAGGGAGAGGAGGGAUUCACAACAGAAGACGAGAAGAAAGAAGCCGAAGUCGAAAAGGAGAUGAGCUCUCUCGAAAGUCUUUCCGCCAAAGAAAACGCCAAAUUAUUCGAAGCCUACCCAGAAGAAUACUCCCCGCCACUACCCGGCUCACCACUCAGUCAGGAGGAGAAGAAGUUCCUCAUCCAAUUCCUCAACCCAGCUUACCUGGUUGACAAGACCCAAGAGCAGCUUUAUGAGCAGUUUGGCGACGAUUCGCAUGUCUUGUUAGCCGAUGUCUUGCGUAAGGAGAUCGCAGGACCGAUCGAGAAGGCGCUGCGGAAUGCGGACGCAAGAGAUGGGUUCCAGUGGUGGGCGUCAGGCAAGGGAGAAGAGUCUACUCGGAUCCAGGCUCAUGGUGUGGCUACGGACCGCGCUGAAGGUGCCGAUGCAGAGGCCAAGAAGUUCAGCAUUGCUGGGCCUCCUCACAAGCAGCGAUACGCUGUACUUUCCGAACAAGCAGCGCCGUCGAAAGCAAAAGAGGUUGCUACUUCGCAAGCAACCAUCCCUAACCCAUUGCCCACAGAUGCAAGCGAAUUGCUCAAGCUUCUAAGCACCGUGUUGUUCCCGUCGAACGCAUUUCGACACUUCUUAGCCAACAUCUCCCAACUUGUACCACUAGGAGCACGUCCAGUGGAAGCAAGACGUUUCCGCCCUGGUCUCGACUACACAUUGGCCCGAAGCGAUCCAGAAGCCGUACUCGAUGUCACUCUCAAUCUCACCCCUGACGUCGUCAAGCCUUCUCUCGAGGAAGAGCGCAAAGGCGGCCCACGAGGACUCGCUGGCAAAGCGAAGAAGCCCAAGACCUCCGCCCCUUCUUUUUCUGCCGCCUCAAAGGGACUCCUUUCAACAUCUCAAGCGAAGGAUCUCGCAGCUAAGUGGGAAAGCGGCGACAUUGGUGGAUGGGAAUGCUACAUGGCUCCACACGAAGGUGAAGAAGAUCCUGCUGUUUACCAGAGCGCGAAUUCGGGUAAGAAGAAGGCGGAAGAUGGUGAUGCCGAAAUGAAGGAUGGUGAGGCCGCAAAAGGCGAGGAGGAAGAGGAAGAGAUCGUGGAGAUGGUCGAAGACGAUGGGUUAGAAGAGGAUGAGGACUUUGACGGCGUGUUGUUGAACUUGACACCCAGCUUCAACACGUUGAGUGUGGUUCUGAGAGAUGAAGGGGUGAUGAGGUUUGUCAAGUAUCUUGCGGCGAAUGCAGGCGGAUCUAGAUGGGAUAUUAUUGGGGAGUUUGAGGUCGGUGCUAUUGAGGAGGAUGAGGAAGAGGCUGAGGCAUAG